AUGCCCCUGAUGCUCUUCGCCACCUGCGUAGCUUUCAAACAGCUCCGAGUCACUGAAAGCUGGGUGUCCCAGAGCAGGUCUCCCACGUGGAUCUCCAUCCCAGUCUGCAUGACGUACUCUGCGGCCCUUCUCGAGAACUCGGUCCUGCUGGUCACCAUCGUGAAGGAGCGCAGUCUCCAUGAGCCCACGUGCAUCUUCCUGUGUGCGACCUGCUGUUCUCCACUGCCGCCAUGCCCCAAAACCUUCAACGUCCUCUGGUCUCUGCCCACCCAUAUCUCUUCCAGUGGCUGUCUGGCACAGAUGUUCUCCCCCUGUUCCGUUUUUGUGGCGGAGUUGGCCAUUUUGCUGGCGAUGGCCUCUGAUGGGUGCAUCGCCAUUUAUGACCCCCUGCGAUACGCGGCCAUCCUGACGUGCUCCGUCGUGGGGAAGAUCGACGUGGUGGCUUUCAUCCGGAGUUUCUGCAUCAUGCUCCCCCCCGUCUUCCUCCUCGGGGGGCUGCCCUACCACGGGCACAACGUCAUGCCCCACACCUACUGCGAGGAGCACAUCGGUGUGGCCCGGCCGGCCUGCGCCGGCAUCUCCGUCAACAUCUGGGAUGGGGCAGCUGCUGGCUUCCUUUCAGCCCGUUUGGAUGCCACGUCCAUCGCUGUCUCCUACGGGUUGAUUUUCAGGUGCCUCUGGGGGCUGCCAUCCCCGCGUGCCUCCCCCAAGGCUCCGCACACCUGCAGCUCCCACCUCUGUGCCAUCACCACGUUUUACACGCCGGCCGCCUUCUCCUUCCUGGUGCACCGGUUUGGCCAGCACGUUCCUCGGUGUGUCCUCAUCUCCUUGGCCAGAUUCUGCGCUGUGGCGCCGCCCAUGCUCAACCCCAGCAUCUACGGGGUGAGAACAAGGCAGAUCUGGGAGCAUGUGGCUCAUCUGCUCAAGCUGGGGGGCUUGGGCAGCAGGGCAUGGCCAAGGCAGGUGGGAAUGGGCAACCGGGCCGGUCUAGUGAUGGGAGGGGUGAAAUAA